AUUUGACAGACGGAUUUUUUUUUGUUUUUUGUGAUUCAAAAAAAUUUUGCAAUAAAGCUAACUAACAAAAGUUGGUAAAAUAGUCGUCAGCAUGAAACUCAGUGGUCCACAGAGAUUAGCAAAUGUGUUUUCUCGGGAGGAGCUGGAGCAAUUGCCAGCCGGCAUGAAGACAAAACUGCAGAAAUAUAUCGACCAGUUCUUCGGGGAAUAUUGUAAAGAACGCGCUGCUGCCCACCGGCUCACCGAAUCUGAAGAAAAGCGGGAGGAGUUGCAGAACGCGGUCGAGGAUUAUAAGGUGAAGUUGUCGAAUUUCGAUCAAAAUGUCAAUGAGCUGCGCGCCCAACUGGACCAAGUUUCCGCAGAGCGUGAUCAUCUGCUGGAGACUGUCCGAAGCAACGAGCAGAUCGCGUCCUCCUUCAGGCAGGAGAAGAACAGUAUAAUUGAGGAGCGUGACUCGCUAUUGACGUUGAUAGAACGUCAGAAUGCGGAGCUAGAACGCCUGAAAGAGGAUCUGCACAGCUAUCGUCAGCAGUUGAGCAACGCCAUCUCUGCCAAAUGCGAAGCCAUUGCGCGCGUAGACGAGAUCCAAAGCAAAGAGGUGGCUCUACAGACGAAAGAGCAGCGUAUCGAGAACGAGCGCAUUUUGCUGCAAAAUGAGAUUCGGUUGCUCAACAGCGAUCUUAACCGCAACAACAGCGAGCUGCAGAACAUCCGCAGAGAGAACUCCCUGAACACAAUCCAGCUGGAGAACAGUCUGAGGGAGAAGUGCGAUGCACUUCAAAUACUGCAGGCCGAGCAUGCCCAGGUCGUGGAGGUUGUUGGCCAGUUGAACGAGAAGAUAGGGGAGUUGACCAGCAACGCCUACAAGCAGUCCAUGGCAUCAGAAAAGUACGUUGCCACCUUAAAGAACGAGCUCGAUGCCAAGAACAAGCUCUUUGAAAUUUACAAGAGCACAGAGGAGCAGAAUCAGGCGGACAAGAACGAGCUAUUGCAAGGCAUCGCGGAGAUGAAACGCAUGCUGAGCGAAGUGACUGAGCAGCACGACAAGGUAGAGGCCGAGCUGAGUUCCACAAAGCAACAGCACAGCUCUGAGCUAGCAGAACGCGAUGCAACAAUAACGGAUUUAAGAAAGGAAAUCUCCGAGGCAAAUCGCUUACUGGCUCACGCCAAGGGUCAAAGUCUGGAGGAGGCAAUCUACAAGCUGUCUCCGAGUGCGGCUGUUGCCAGUCGGGUGAUCCAUCCCGACUUCACGAUCACCGAACUGUACUUGAAGUAUGUCAAGGCCCUCGACGAGCUGGAGCUAGCAAAUCUCGAUAAUUCCAAAAUGAAGCUGCACAUGGAGUCCAUGUAUAAGGAGAUCCAAGAGCGUGCCCCUGAGAUUGAGCAGCUGCGUAUUGAUUUCGAAAAUUUGAAAGAAGCCUACGACCAUAUCAUCCCGGAGCGGGAUGAAUUAUUUGAGAAGAAACAAUGCGCCGAGGCGACACUGGAGAGGGCAAUUUUCGACUUGAAAUCCAUCACAAAGAGCAACCAGCUGCUGGAAAAAUCAACGAAGGACCUCGGGCGGCAGGUGUGCACGCUUCUGGACGAGCUGAAUUGCCUGCGUGCAGGAGUCCCCCACGUAAAUCACAACAGGUCGGGAGAUAGCACGAGCCAAUCAACCAAUUUCGACGUCAUUACCGAUCAGCUAGUCACCUUUGAUUCGAUCGUCGAAUUGCAGGCACAGAACCAGAAACUCUUGCAGUUGACGCGCCAGCUAGCGCAGACAAUGGAUGAGCAAGAAACAGAAAGAGAUACGGAAAAGUUGGAAAUGAACACAGAGUGUGUCAAGAGGGCCCAAGAAAGGUGUUCCCUGCUGGAAGAGCAGCUCACGGAGAAGAACAAUGCGCUCAAUCUUUUAAGCUCCAAGUGUGAGCGCUACCAGAAGUAUUUCUUUGCUGCCCAAAAGAGACAGGGUCGUCAGACCGUCAAUCUAGAUGAUUCGGCUGCGGAUAUGGAUGUUAGCGAAUCUAUUACUCUGAACACGUCGGCAAAGGCCGCAGAACACACUAAGGAAGAGGUCAGGAAGCUGGAGCAGCGCAUACACAGUCUGGAGAAGCAGUUGGUGGAGGAGAGUAACAAAUACGCAUCGCUCAAGGAGAAUUACGAAUACUACACUAGCGAGAAGCGAAAGAACGAUGCUCUGGCCCACGAACAGUUCGAUUCGAUGCGCAAGGAAGUUCGCGAGCUGACAUCCAACAACUGCAAGCUGCUGAAUGCCACCGAUUUCCAGAAAGAGCAGAUCGAUAUACUAAACAGGAACAUUGAGGCGCUCAAAAAGCAGAUAUCGGCCCUUGAGGAUCGAAACAGGAACUACGAAAAGACUAUCAUCAAGCACGAGCAGACCAUGCACCUACUCAAGGAUGAAACACUGGCGGCCCACAAAAAGUCGGCUGCCGCCGAAGCAGAGGCCUACAAUCUGCGGCAGGAGAACCGCUCUUUAAAGGACUCGUCCGCCCGUCUGCAGAUCGAGAAGGAGAGCUUCCGUCGGGAGCACCAAAGCCAGUCGCUUUUGCUCAACAAUUUGGAGCUUAUCAAGUCCAACAUCGAGAGAUCUGAAACUGAGGGACGCUUGCGCCUCGAGCAGCGGCUAGAUGAUGCAGCUCGAGAGCUGGCUGCCCAGCGACGUCACCAGCAGGAGGAGCAGGAAAAGUUCCAAGAGACUGUCAACGAGUUCAAGCGCCAAACCGAGACUGCCAUCAAGCUGAAGGACGAAGAGAAGCAGCAAGCCGAGAAGUGGAAAGCAGAGCUCGUAAGUGUCCGCGAGGAGCUUGCCCAAAAGACGAUUCAGGUGAACGAUCUGAGCAAGAAACUGCAGGAGAGCCUGACGCCCUCGAUGAAUGAGAAUCCCGUAACGUCAGCCAACAAAAGGGCCCGAGAAUUCGAGCUCAAGUACAACCAGGCUGCGGUUGAGAUUGAAUCGCUCAAGAAGGAGCUGAACUCGUUGCGGGCGCAUGGCGAGCAAUUCUACAAGAUGUCACAGUCUGCCGAGGCCGAAGUCAAGCGCCUGCACGAGCUGCACUCCGAGAUGGUGGCCAAUCACGAGGAUGAGAUGAAGAAAUGGAAGAACGCCGAGGGCGAGCUCAGGGCACGCAUCGACGAACUGGAGGCCGAGGCCAUGCUCUCGAAUGUCACCGAACAGAGCAGGACCAUAAACCAGACAGAUCAGGUCAAGGCCUCCCAGGAUGAGCUGAAGACUGUUCUUGAGAAGCUCACCGAAUCGGGUCGCACAAUCCGCACUUUGCGAUCUGAGAACACGACGCUGGCCGAGUCUCUGCACGAAGUGGAAGUAAAGUAUGCCCACGAAAUGGUCUUGCACUCCACCGACAUCCAAGACCUUACCAGUCUGAAGACUGACAACUUCAAGUUGAGGGACGAGCUGAACCAGCUGAAGACGGGACGGGAAUCGCUGCAGGCCGCCCACGACGCCCUGGUCAAGUCGAACGCCGAGGCCCAGACGCUUCUGGAGAAGGAGAAAGAGGAGUCGGACAGGCGCGUGGCCGACUUGAAUGCUCUGAAUGCGACUUUGCACGAUCAGAUUGAAGCACUGGCCACAAAGCUGACGGCCUUGAGUCAGUCGGGUUCGGGUCAGGGUCAGAACAGUUCGAUUCUUAACGAAUCUCUGACUAUGGAUGCAGACCAAAGUCUCAACAUUUCCGGCAUGGCUGUAGAGGAGAUCCGCAGCAACGAGCAGCUCCUGAAGAUCAUUAAGUUCCUGCGCCACGAAAAGGAUCUAUGUGUGGCAAAGCUGGACAUUGUAAAGGCUGAGAAUGCACGCCUAGCGUCGGAGCUCACCAUUCAGCAGAAGAAGGUGGACGAGCUGAAUGCCUGUCUAAACCAAGAACGCUCCAGGAACCAGACCGACGUGGUUUCGACCUCUAAGCACGCCGAGGUGUUGCGCAAGAUCGAGACCCUGAACGCCAUCACAGAUAGCAAUCGCAUCCUGCGAGAGGAGCGAAACAGUCUCACACAGCGCGUGACGGAGCUGACUAGCCGCAUCCAGAGUUUGGAAAAGGAACUGUUCCCGCUUCAAUGCGGCAACAAGGAGCUAACAUCGAAGAUCGAAGAACUCAAUUUGGAGAACACCUCGCUUCGCACCGAGGCCGUCAAAUGGCGUCAGCGAGCCAAUGUCUUGGUGGAGAAGAGCAAUCGCAAUCCAGAGGAGUUUAAGCGGAUUCAGACAGAGCGCGAAAACCUAGCCAAGCAGCUCACGGCUGAAAGGGAACUUAGCAAGAAACAAAACGAAGAGAUUGGCUCCCUGAGGUCAGAGCUGCCAGCGCUGACAGGAAAAGUGCAAGCCCUAGACGAGGCCCGUAAGAAACAGAUGGAAGAGUCAAUAAAUCUCCGUCAGGCAAACACACGCCAGUCGCAGGACAUCAUGGAGCUGAAGAACCGACUGUUGCAGAAGGAAGAGGAACUGCUGAAGGCCACCGAUGACCUGGAGACGAAGGAGAAGGCUCUGCAGGAUAAGGACAGCAAGGAGUUGGCCUUGCGUAAGGUGGCCAAGCGCUACAGGGAUAGCUACGUGACUCUCCAGGCGCAACAGGGGGGAGCCGACAUCAGUGCCGACCUGGAGAAGGUUCGCUCCGAGCUGGAAGAAGUUGGCAACCAGUAUAGAGCCGCCAAGGAGGAGCUGGAGAAGGUGACCACGGAAAACGAUGCUCUCAAGAAACGCCUGACUGAGCCCGAAACCGAUUCCAAUGCCGCCCGUCAGGAUCACAAGGUAAAGGUGGACAAGCUCAUCCAAGACCUUACAAUGGCCAGAACGGAUCUGGUCAAUCAGGAGGCUACCCUAGCCAGCAACAAGACCCAAUACGACGAGACCGUCGCCCGCCUGGAGAAGGAGCUGCAGGAGAAUAUUGCCGCAAACAAGGAGGUCAACUUGCGGCUCACUCGCGAGAACGAGGCGCUGCACAUGCGCAUCAAUCAACUCCAGCGUCAACUGGGCUCCCAGCAGUCGACCAAGCCCUCUACGAGCUCUGUCGCGGAGAAGGGAAAUAUAUCAGAGUCCUCAUCACCACGCACUGCCAAUGUGAAGCCCAUGUCGGGGUCGGCCACAGUGCAGCAGUCGGCUACUGUCACCCCCUGGCGUGGCGGGGAGACACCCUUGGCCAGCAUCAGACCUAUCUCCGUGCAGAACAGCCGGACGGCUGCCAUCCUGCCCACCAGCCAGCAGCCGUCGGCGGGCAGUGCUUCGACAUCCUCGUCAUCGACCUCUACCACAUCUGCAUCGGCCAGUGGCAGCAGCUCUGCCGUGGCCAACACUGCCCUAGUUCCCCCGCAGCAGCAGGUUCACACCACAGGCAGUGGAGCCUUGGAGUCGAUGGCUUCCUCAUCGCCCACAUCUUCGCACACAGAUUACAUGCCGUCGACCAGCUCGGCGGCUGUAGCGGUGGCCGCCAUUCCACCGAUGGGAGCCACCUCCGCCGCCGAGAGUUCCCAAGAGGCGGAAAGCGUUCAGCAUCCACAGCAGAACGAUUCGCAGCUAUUUGCAGGAGGGUCUCAGCAGCAGGUCGUGGCCUUGGUAUCGCCACGCGUAGAGGGCUCUUCGUCGACUUCUACUUCCACAUCGACAUCGACCUCCACUCCGAAUCCGACUGCGCCAAGUGUCCAGGAUGCGAACAACCAGAGCCAGCAGCCCAGCACUUCUGGCAGCAGCAGCAGCUCGUCGACGGUAGUCAGCAGUCACAGCAGACACACGCCGUCCAGCAGCAAUGUGACCACCACUCAGGCUGGCUGUUCAUCCAUUGGCAUCAAACGUCCUCGCGACGUGGAAGGUGACUCCACCAAUACAGAAGAUGGGGUCCCCGAGAAGAUGAAGCGGCUGCGUACUCCUAUGCACAGCGAAGAGCUGUCCGCCACUCACAUUGGAGACUCCGGGAUGGACGUAGAUCAGAUGCCAACCUCGUCGCAGCGAGAUCAGGAGGAUGACAUUCAGGUGGUGGACUCUGAUGAUGAGGACGAUGUCUUGGCGGAUGCUGAUGACGGCCCCGUCGAUGGUGGCGAGGCCGAUCAGGAGGGCUACGAGGAUUCUUACGAGCAGGACAACGAUAUGGACAACGAGGGUGCAGACGAUGAGAACGAAAUGCCGUCCGAUCCUCAAGACAAUAACGAGGUGGAUAUUGAGGAGCAGCAACUUCAGGUCCAAGAGGAGAGCCAAUUGCUGGACAACCAAGCAGGUGCGGCAGUAGUGGCUGCCUCUGCCUCUACCCAGGAGAACAACCAAAGCCAGGCUAUCACCAGUGGCAGCGGAGACUCUUCGAAUCCUGCAAAAUUGCCACAAGCCGAGACCUCCCCAUGGAAGCAGGCGGUCGCCUCUACAUCUUCGGCAGCAUCUCGGCGUACAGAGAGUAGCUCCGUGGAAAUUGUCAGUUCCCCGCAAGUGUCCAACUUUAGUGAGCAGCCAGUUCGUGUGGAGACAGCAGAGGUAGAUGGAACCGCAGCAGUGGCUCCCGACGAGAGUGCUGGGCCAAGUGGUGAUGGCGCAGCAGCCACAUUACCCCAGAAGCCAAACGAGGCAGCCGAAAGCAACGCUGCCGAUGCCAACAAGCAACCAAGCGAGAGUGACUUGGGCGGAGCAGAAGAUAUCUGUGAGGCUGACGAAGCCUUUGCCGAGGAGACGCUGGACCCUGGCCAGGGUGAAGACUCUCAGCAGCUCGCAAAUGAGAACCAAAAUGUAGGCACAAGCCAGUCUGAGCUAACCGAUAACCAGCCCAAUCAGGCGGAAGGCGGUUCGGCUGAAGCCAACGAGGGCACAGAUGGAGUCUCCUCAGAGGGUGAGAAGCAGACCGUGGGUGUUGAGGAGGAGGGACGCGAAGCCGAGGCCACGUCCCCGUCGGACAACACGCGAUAUCGCACGUUGCGCAGUGGUAUGCCAAACAACAACCGUAGGGUUCGCGGGGCGCGUGGAAAUCAAAAUUCGAACCAGAAUCGAUCACGCAUUGUGUGGCAAAACAAUGCCAACAUGCAAGAUCAAGGUUCCUCCAGUAACCGUGGAUACAACCACCCCCGCGGUACCCGCACCCGCGGCCCUCGCUCUCGUCGACCACCGGCAAACAACUUCAACAACAACCCCGGACGAUACUAGCAGGAACCAGAUUCCGGCGAAUCCCCAGACGACAGUGUGCUGACAUGUCUGGCAGCGAACGCCGAUUCUCCUACAUUCACUUAUAUUUAAAAGCUACAUUUAAAGAAAUUAAAAUAAAGCCAAUCAAAUUGAAA